AUGCCAAAAAAGCAUUCAUAUGAUGCAAAUUUGAUGGAAUUAGCAAUACAGGAAGUUAAAAAUAGUAACAUGCCUUACAGGGCUGCUGCUAAUAAAUAUGGGAUCCUAAAAUCCACAUUAGAAAUCAAAAUAAAAAAUCCAGGUCAUAAAAAUAUAUGCGGCCCAUCUCCAGUACUUUCGACGAAAGAAGAAUAUGAACUUGUUGAGUGGAUAAAAGAGCUAGCGUCCCGUGGAUUUCCGAGAAAAGAGGAUGACAUAAUGCAUAGCCUCCAAAAAUUUUUAAUAGCAAAUCCUCGCCCUAAUCCAUUCAACAACAAUAGACCAGGAGAGUGUUGGUUCAAAGCAUUUCUAAAAAGACAGCCAUCUAUUAGACAACGAACAAGCGAACCAGUUAGUGCAGCAAGUGCUUGUGUGGCAGAAAAGGACAUACGGAAUUGGUUCACCGAUUUAAAAAUGUACCUGGAUUCAAAGAAUAUUAGCAUGGAAGAUCCCUCCAGAGUCUACAAUUGCGACGAAUACGGGUAA